UUCUAGUGUAAAACUCUUUCAGGAGUUUGUGACCACAUCAUAUCACUGUCAUCAGAUCCUCUGGUCUCACAGUCUGCUCACCUGGAAGUGAUUCAACUGGCAAACAUCAAACCAAGUGAAGGGCUGGGUAUGUAUAUUAAAUCAACAUAUGAUGGCCUCCAUGUAAUUACUGGAACCACAGAAAAUUCACCUGCAGAUCGGUGCAAGAAAAUCCAUGCUGGUGAUGAAGUGAUUCAAGUUAAUCAUCAGACUGUGGUGGGGUGGCAGUUGAAAAAUUUGGUGAAUGCACUACGAGAGGACCCGAGUGGUGUUAUCUUAACUUUGAAAAAGCGACCUCAGAGCAUGCUUACCUCAGCACCAGCUUUACUGAAAAAUAUGAGAUGGAAGCCCCUUGCUCUGCAGCCUCUUAUACCUAGAAGUCCCACAAGCAGCGUUGCCACGCCUUCCAGCACCAUCAGUACGCCUACCAAAAGAGACAGUUCUGCCCUCCAGGAUCUCUACAUUCCUCCUCCUCCUGCAGAGCCAUAUAUUCCCAGGGAUGAAAAAGGAAACCUUCCUUGUGAAGAUCUCAGAGGACAUAUGGUGGGCAAGCCAGUACAUAAGGGAUCUGAAUCACCAAAUUCAUUUCUGGAUCAGGAAUAUCGAAAGAGAUUUAAUAUUGUCGAAGAAGAUACUGUCUUAUAUUGCUAUGAAUAUGAAAAAGGAAGAUCAAGUAGUCAAGGAAGACGAGAAAGCACCCCGACUUAUGGCAAGCUUCGACCUAUAUCUAUGCCAGUGGAAUAUAAUUGGGUGGGGGACUAUGAAGAUCCAAAUAAGAUGAAGAGAGAUAGUAGAAGAGAAAACUCUCUACUUCGAUAUAUGAGCAAUGAAAAAAUUGCUCAAGAAGAAUACAUGUUUCAGAGAAACAGCAAAAAAGACACAGGGAAGAAGUCAAAAAAGAAGGGUGAUAAGAGUAAUAGUCCAACUCACUAUUCAUUGCUACCUAGUUUACAAAUGGAUGCAUUGAGACAAGACAUCAUGGGUACUCCUGUGCCAGAGACCACACUAUACCAUACAUUUCAGCAGUCAUCUCUGCAGCACAAAUCCAAGAAGAAAAACAAAGGUCCUAUAGCAGGCAAGAGCAAAAGACGAAUUUCUUGCAAAGACCUUGGCCGUGGUGACUGUGAAGGCUGGCUUUGGAAAAAGAAAGAUGCGAAGAGUUACUUUUCACAGAAAUGGAAGAAAUACUGGUUUGUCCUAAAGGAUGCAUCCCUAUACUGGUAUAUUAAUGAGGAGGAUGAAAAAGCAGAAGGAUUCAUCAGUCUGCCUGAAUUUAAAAUUGAUAGAGCCAGUGAAUGCCGCAAGAAAUAUGCAUUCAAAGCCUGUCAUCCUAAAAUCAAAAGCUUUUAUUUUGCUGCUGAACAUCUUGAUGAUAUGAACAGGUGGCUUAACAGAAUUAAUAUGCUGACUGCAGGAUAUGCAGAAAGAGAGAGGAUUAAGCAAGAACAAGAUUACUGGAGUGAGAGUGACAAGGAAGAAGCCGAUACUCCGUCAACACCAAAACAAGACAGUCCUCCACCCCCGUACGAUACAUACCCACGGCCUCCCUCUAUGAGUUGUGCCAGUCCUUACGUGGAAGCAAAACACAGCCGACUUUCCUCCACGGAGACCUCUCAAUCUCAGUCUUCUCAUGAGGAGUUUCGCCAGGAAGUAACCGGGAGCAGUGCAGUGUCCCCCAUUCGCAAGACAGCCAGUCAGCGCCGCUCCUGGCAGGAUUUAAUUGAGACACCACUGACAAGUUCAGGCUUACACUAUCUUCAGACUCUGCCCCUGGAGGAUUCUGUCUUCUCUGACUCCGCGACCAUCUCUCCAGAGCACAGACGACAGUCCACCCUUCCAACUCAAAAGUGCCACCUACAGGAUCACUACGGGCCAUACCCCUUAGCUGAGAGCGAGAGGAUGCAAGUGCUAAAUGGAAAUGGGGGAAAGCCUCGUAGUUUUACUCUGCCUCGAGAUAGCGGGUUCAACCACUGCUGUCUGAAUGCGCCAGUUAGUGCCUGUGACCCACAGGAUGACGUGCAACCCCCAGAGGUGGAAGAAGAGGAGGAGGAGGAGGAGGAAGGGGAGGCAGCAGGGGAAAACAUAGGAGAAAAAAGCUAAUACACUGCGAGAGUUGGUAGAACCUCUCCAUGCCAAAUCGGAUCCACUUCUGUUGGCACUCAACCCAUUGGACUCACAGAUUGAUAAGCUAAUGUUUAGAGAAUUUAGAUCGGAGAGAGUCGGCACGGCGCAGACUCAACAUCAACCUCUUGCAAGCAACUAAAAUGGCCUCGUCCUUGCUGUUUAUAACAGAAAACAGACUUGUAAAAAGCUUAGAUCAUCAAGUGUUUUGGAUUGGGGGCCUCCCUAAAGGGAUACUAAGAGGGGCAGGCCACUCUAAAGAAGAAUGCGAGCUUUCUGCAUUGGGACUAGCAUAAGAUCAAAGCCAAUCAAGAUGGAGCACAGUAACAGAAAACUGCGUUUCUGUGGGAGAACAGAAGGGGAAAGGGUCUUGACUGGGGAAGGGCUCUGUGUGGUGACACUUCAGUUGUGUUCUCCUGACACCAGGAAAAGAGAGGGAUCAGCUCCAAUAAAUAGAAAAUCCUGGCUGUUUAAUGGACUCCGGUGGCCUCUUUAAGGCAAAGCAGAGGAAACAAAUUCUGUAUUAAGUGUAUUUUGCAUUUUUAAAAUUGCCGUGCUGUAUUGUACUAAAUUAAGUGUACUCUAUUAAGGCAAGGUAUACACAACUUGCUUUGAAACAUAAUAUGUUUAUUCUAUUAUAAAGUGUAUUCAGGUGCAACACAGAGACUGCUUUUGGUGACACUAAUGAAGAAAAUUCCUCAUGCCAGGCUUUAUUAGAAUCCUCAGCUAAAAUCCUAACUUUCUCCUUUUUUCUUGGCACUUGUAUACAAGUGGUAUUGCUUCUUAGGGCAGGCAUGAGCUAUUCUUCUCUGUAAAAUAUUUCAUAUCUAUAGGCUGUGGUUUUCCUUUUUGAAAAAGUAUUUUGUCUGGAUGUCUUUCAAACUAGCUUCAGAUAUUAUUUAAUACUGUGUAACUGGGUCUCCUAUGGCUCAAUAUUGCAUAUUUUUCUUCUGUAGUGGAUGUGAAAUUUCCUUUAGUUGAAUAAGAUACACUGUAAUAAUUCAAUGCUAAUUAAUGGAUAUUUCAUACUGUGCAAUGAAGAGAUGAUUUAACACUGUAUUUUGAAAUGUUUUUUUCUUCCUGUCACCGCAGUGUGUGGUAUUGCAUAAUGUGAAUACCUGUAAAAAUAUAAAUUACUUAAAAAUAAAAAUAUGACCAAUUGGUAUUAGAUCUUUUUAGAUAGCUAAAUAAUUUGCUAAGUAUGCUUGAUAGUAAAUAUCUUUCUAAAGAGAAGUAGUCAACGCUUCUUUCUCACAAAUGGAAUUUGUGUUGUGAAUAAAAUCACAUUGAUCUGCCUUA